AUGCAGCUCACGGGCCACGAUCGCUUGGCAAGUGACAGGCAAUUACAAUGCCCACGGCUCUCUCAUCCUGCGACAUUGGUGCACACCGUCUGGAACGCGUUUCUCCUUGACCCUCUCUCACGUCCUCUCCUCUCCCCGGCCACUUCUGCUCCCGCUUGCUUGCCAUCGCUCACCCGAGUAUUCGCUUCCAAAGUGCCUGCCUGCUCCUCCGAUUCGCAUCGGAGCACUCGCCCAUGCUCGUGCUCUCCUCAGCUCGCCUCCCCCCCCUCCCCACACCUCAAACUUGCCAUCGCGUACUCCUCCGCAGCAGCAACCAGGCGUUUGGUUGGAGCCGUCGACGCCCCUUUUCUGGCCGAACUAUCCGUCGAACGCCCCUCUCCCUCGAUUCGACACCCGACCGCUGAUACGUCCCCUGAUUGUUGGUCGGCAGUUUUCCCAUUCCAGCGCCAGCCCGGGCGACCGCGGCGCCUGGACCGUUUCCGCCAUCCCUACUUUGUUCUCCUGCCACGGGACCGGGAGAGUUGCCUGUGCUGUACCGUGCUCUCUCCCAAGCGGUCCUGCGUUGCUCCCUCAACUCGCAUUCCGACCUGCCGGUACUCGUCUUCGCUUGCCGGUCGCUCGACGGACCGGAAUCUCUCCAACCACGCUCGACAAGGUGGGAGCCGAUCACAGGUCCCAUGUUUCCGCAUCGGCCGUCGUCGUCAAUUGAAAGGCAAACGUGACGCAGGGUGCGCGCCCUGCUGCAUCAACGUCAUGUCGUUCCCCGUCGCCUUCCAGUCGGCCGUCUUCUACUUCGUCGCCUGCACGCCUUGCGCCAAGGUUCGUCAUCGGCAAAAGGCCAAGGAGAAGGCGAAGAAGGAGAGGUUGGAAAAGGCCAAGCUCGAGACGGAACAGCCCGGCCUCUACCUUCAUCCGUCCCCCUUCAACACCAACCCCUACUGGCAGGAAGAAAUCAGCAUGGGCCCCAGCCUGCCCAAGAAGUCGGCGAGCAAGAACUCGAGUCAGAGGGGACUCGCCAGCGCCGGCAGGGCCAGCAGCGCCGUGAGCAUGUCGGAGCACACCACCAUCGGCGGCAGCCGCUCGAACUUGGGUGACGGCCGGCCGGCCGUGGCCGAGGACGACACCGUCUCCGAGGACUGGAACAAGCGACGCAGGUAUCAGCGCGAGGACGAGGAGCUCUGGGGCCAACCCGUCGCGGGCUCCGGUCACCGGCUGAUGGAUGCCUUUUCGAAAGCCCGAGACUCGGCCGGCCGGCUCAUCGAUGCGACGUUGGGCAUCGACAAGGCCGUGACGGAGCAGGAGCGUCGCGACUUUUACUUUUCGCCCCGGAACCCGCCCGUCAACGACCAUCACCCGCCCGUCGUCAGCAGCAAACCUCCCCACCGUGACGCCCGCAAGUGGAUGCUCCAACCGCCGCCGCCCGCCAAGAUCAUGGAGGGCAAGAUUCCCGUCACGCGAGCCGUGAGCGUCGGGAGCCGGUCCAGCGGCAAGACGGUGGCGGGCGAAGAACCACCGCCGGGUCGCAAAGCCCACGCCAAGGUGGCCAUGGAGCGUUGGCCGAAGGAGCACGAGCCGACGGAGAUGGAGCUCAUCGAAUCGCUCUUCCACACCCGCAGCCAUCAGUCGACGAGCUACACGCGCAGCAGAAGCCUCUCGCUGGACGGAUCCGACGACUCGUUGGAAAGCCCUCUGGACAGGCGGAGGCGGAACCGACGGUUGGUGGCGGUGCCGCCCGACGUCGAGUCGGAGAGCGAGGGGGAUGCCGAAGAUGCUGCCUCGCCGCCCGUGACGGAGACGCUCGGCCACUCUGGUCGCUCGGCCCGCGUGGUGCAGAGGCCGAAGAUGCAAACGACGCCCGGUGCCGACGUGAGGAGCAACGGUCGGGUACUGUCGAUGAAGUCGUCGAGGCCACACAAGCCGUCGAGGGGCAAGACGGUGCCUGCCGCCACAACCACCGGCGACGAUGGCGAAUAG